AUGGCUGUUGGAUGUCGAAUGUAUAUCAUGGUUAGUACUAGACCUCAUAUAGCUCAUUCUCUGAGUGUAUUAAGCAGGUUUAUGGCAAACCAUGGGUUAGAACACUGGAAUGUAGUGAAGUGGCUGAUUAGAUACUUGAAAGGUACAAUCAAGUAUGGUCUCAUUUAUCAAAAAGACACAUCAAAUGUGAGAUUAGAAGGCUAUGUUGAUGCUGAUUAUGCAUCAAACAGGGAUAACAGAAGAUCUACUACUGCCUAUGUGUUCAUGGUCAACAGAAGCUGCAUAUGUUGGAAAUCACAACAACAACUAGUGGUGGCACUAUCAACUACAAAAUCUGAAUUCAUGGCCACCAUUGAAACUUUCAAGGAAGCUAUUUGGUUACAGGGAAUACUACAAGAGUUGCAACUACUCAAAGACAAAGGGACAGUCUAUUCUGAUAUUCUGUCAUCAAUUCACCUAUGUAAGAACCCUGUAUACUAUGAGAAGAGCAAGCACAUUGACAUUAGACUAUACUAG